UUUUCAUCCCUGGGGUUUCCCCCGAUUGAACUUUUUGAUUUUGUAAUAACAUUUUUUACAAACACUUUUGUACAAGAAUUAAGAUGGUUCCGCAACUUUUAGGAAUAUCGUCUUCUUCUGCUGAGAUAUGGAUUUAUAUACUUGCUUCAAUUCUGCUUCGACUGUGUGUUUCUCUUGGUCCAUAUUCAGGAAAAGGAAAGUCACCAAUGUAUGGAGAUUAUGAAGCACAACGACACUGGCAGGAAAUUACAUUCAAUCUUCCAAUACAAGAUUGGUACACUAAUUCUUCACUCAAUGAUCUUCAAUAUUGGGGACUUGAUUAUCCACCAUUAACAGCUUACCAUAGUUAUGUGUGUGGUUGGCUCGCAUCUAAGAUUGACAUGGAUUGGGUGAAAUUGGGAGAUUCUCGUGGAAUUGAAAGCAAUCAACAUAAACUCUUCAUGAGGAUAACAGUGUUGGUUGCUGACUUCAUUAUUUUCUACACUGCUGUGUUUGCAAUUUCACGAAUUUGUAAAAGAGAUGAUAAAACUACAAACAACGGACGUGCAUUAUUAUUACUUGGUGUCUUCUAUCCUGGGUUAGUUCUUAUUGAUCACGGCCACUUCCAAUACAACUGCAUUAGUCUUGGUUUCAUGUUAUGGAUGGUAUUUUGUUUUGAACGAGAUUCAGAUGUUUUAGGUUCGGUUGCUUUUUGUUUGGCUUUAAAUUAUAAACAGAUGGAAUUAUAUCAUGCACUUCCUGUUUUCUUCUUCCUUCUGGGAAAAGCAUUAUCUCGUCCAUGGGACAAAUGCAUUUUAAAGCUUGCGCAGUUGGGAAUAACAGUGAUUUUAUCAUUUGUGAUUCUAUGGCUUCCAUUUUUGAGUUCAUUUGAAAGCAUAACGCAGGUUGUUGGUCGUUUAUUUCCAUUCAAUCGAGGGUUGUUUGAAGAUAAAGUGGCAAAUGUUUGGUGUUCAAUUUCCCCAGUGAUAAAGAUUAAGAAGUUGUUUGACCAAACAAACAUAUUGAGGUUAUGUAGUUGUUCAACUUUGUUGUUAUCCUUGCCAUCAUGUUUGCAUCUCAUGUUUCAUCCUAAUGUUAAAGCAUUGAAAUUAUCUCUGGUGAAUGUUUCAUUGAUGUUCUUUCUCUUUUCUUAUCAAGUUCAUGAAAAAUCAAUUUUAAUUUCCGCAGUAUCUGCUAUUUUGAUCUGUGAAAAACUGUCUCCAUAUUUGGUCGUUUGGUUUUUGCACAUGACGACAUUCAGUAUGAGUCCGCUUUUAACAAAAGAUGGAUUGAUGAUGCAACAAUACACAUCUUCAGUUCUCUUCUUAUUCAUUACAAUGCUGUGUUUCUGGCAUCACAAUCAUGUCCGAUUAAACAAACAAGGAAAAUUUCAUAAUGUUGCUCAUGGUUUGUACUGGAUGUCAAUCAUCUGCACUUAUCUGUUGGGAAUUAUUUCAAUCUUGACGAAACCACCAGAGAAAUAUCCAGAUAUUUUUCCUGUUCUUAUUUCUAUUUUCAGUUGUGCAGCUUUUCUUUUGUCUGCUGCAUGUUUCCAUGUUUACCAGUUUGUGCCAAAUUUUCUUACCUAAAAAACUUUUUUUUUCUUAAGUACUUUUAAAUGGUUGGUAAACAGAUUAUACACAGGAGGUAUUAAGAAAUGUGGAAAUCUUGGUUGUAAUAAAAGCUUUGGUUAUACACAUAGUUAUCUUGUUACUGCUUUUCUGGUAUCCGUACUGCUAUGAUUUCUUACACUUGGUUUAUGUUCGCCACAUAUCAUUUAACAGACAUUUAUGUGCAAACAAAAAUUUGACCUUUUUGUUCAUCUUGAAAACUUUGCAUGACACACAUUUUUUUUAAUGUUAAUACAUAUUUAAAGUGUGGUAAUUU